AUGGCCAACUUGUACUCGCGUCGCAGCUUCAGAAAGCCCGAGAAGGAGGAGGACAGGCAGGAGGAAGAGGAGGAGGAGGAAGAGGAGGUAUUGGUAGAGACGGAGGAGGGGGUGGAGGAGGAAGAGGUGAUGGAGGAGGAGGAAGAGGAGGAGGAGGCCCGCGACGCGGAGGAGAAGACGAUGGAGGUCCAUAGGACGUUCAGCGAUGAGUACUUCUGGAAGGUUGUGGACGUCGGUGACAGCAAUGGCGAAAAUUCAGAGCCCUUCCUUCCCCGCUUAGCCAGCAUCGUCAGCCCCAGCCUGAGCCCGACCCCGCCGCUCAGCCAGACGUCGAGCCCGUCGUGGAGCGAGACCCCGAGCUGGAGCUCACAGUGGAGCACGUCCUCCCAGAAAAGUUUUCCUAAAAUAUUUCAGACAUUUAGAAAAGACUUGUCUGGAAUGAAUUUAGAUAGGACUAUGUAUCACACUUUGUAUCCAGGAAUCCCAACAUCAGUACAAACAGAAGAAAGCUGGCUUCAAGAAUUUUCUGGCAAAAGGCAGAGGAAGUCUCAGGCUCUUCAUGUGCUGAUCAUGAGGAACGAGCUCUUAGAGAAGCACUACAAACAUGGAAGCAAGUUUCUGACUUCAUUUCCAGAUGGAACAACACAAAUAUUCUACCCAUCUGGAAACCUAGCCAUCAUCCGAGUGCCCAACAAAGUAAGUGGUUUCACUUGUAUAGUCCAAGAAGACAUGCCAACUGACCCUGCGAUCCUGGCAUUGCUAGAUUCUUCUGGCAGAAGUUCCUGCUAUCAUCCCAAUGGAAAUGUCUGGGUAUACAUCAAUAUCUUGGGAGGUCAAUACUCAGAUCAAGCUGGCAACAGAAUAAGGGCUUGGAAUUGGUCCAGUUCUGUCGCUUCCUCACCCUUUGUUUCAUUUAAACCUGUCUUUCUGGCUUUGAACCAUUACAUUGGAAUUCGCAUCCUAGAACAAGACAAGAUUUCAAUCACUUUUCUAGCAAUGGGCCAACAGGCAAGAAUCAGCGUUGGGACCAAAGUGAAGCUCCCUAACCCUGAGGAGAUUCCGGUUCUCCGGUACCUGAAUGGGGAUGACCUGCUGCUGCUGGCCAAUUUAAUAAAGAUUCGACGCCUGUUUCAUAAACUUGAAGGAUGUGCGCAUUUUCCCUCCAGCCAGGUUUGGGAAAAAUUAAAGCAACCUUCCUACCUUUCCUCACUUUCUGUAAAACUAAUUGCCCUUUGUCACAACUCCGGUAUAAAGAAAGAUACAAUAAAAACAAUAUCAGCUAUAAUAAAUGAAAACACUUAACAAA